AUGAUCAAUAAUUUUCAUUCUUCUAGCCAUAUCAUGAAAAAGAAAAGAAAUAUGGGUUGUAGACAUGGUUCUUGGAAUGUUUUCCUCAAUCUUAUUAUUUUCAUGUUUCUUCAUGGAAGUUGUCAAUCCAUCAAAUUAUCUGCCGGGGGAGAGGAUGAUCAUAAUAAUCAAAUGGUUUCAGACGCUCAUAUUGAAAUGGUAGUUCAUCACGAUCACCACCAUCAUCAAGGCCAUCACAUGAUGAUGGAUGAUCCAUCGGUGAUUGUGUUUUUCACUUUUGAUGAUCUUAAGGUUGGGAACACAAUUCCAAUCCACUUUCCUAAAAGGGACCCUUCUUCCUCUCCUCAUUUCUUACCAAGAAAGGAGGCUGAAUCUCUCCCUUUCUCAUCUCAAGAGCUUCCUUCCCUUCUUAGAUUCUUCUCUUUCUCUCCACAAUCCCCACAAGCCAUAGCCAUGGAAGAAACCCUUAAAGAUUGUGAGAGAAAUCCAGCCAUAGGCGAGACCAAGUUAUGUGCUACUUCUUUAGAAUCCAUGCUCGACUUUGCACGUGGCGUCCUUGGAUUCAAUCAUGUCUCGAACAUCCAAUCCGUAUCCACCAUUCAUCUGACGAAAUCAGACAUUCUUUUCCAAAACUUCACGAUCAUGGAUUUCUCUGAAUACAACGCGGCUUCAAAAAUCGUGCCUUGUCAUUCCAUGCCAUACCCUUUUGCGGUGUUCUAUUGCCAUUAUCAAGUGGGAGAAAACAGAGUGUUUAAGGUAUUUUUAAAGGGUGAGAAUGGAGAUAGUGUGGAGGCUGUUGCGGUUUGCCACUUGGAUACUUCCAAUUGGAGCCAAACCCAAGUGGCAUUUCAGGUGUUAGGAACGGAGCCUGGUUCUUCAUCGGUGUGUCAUUUCUUCCCUGCUGAUCAUCUUGUUUGGAUUCCAUCUACACCAGCUUUGAAUUGAUUAAUGUGAUAUUGAGUCCUCCAACCAUGUAUUAUCACCACCAUAAUAAUAAUGUAAUUAAUUAAUGAUGCUUUUAUAUUGGUAAUGUGUCAUAUAUAGUAAUAAUGUAACAUGGUUGUUUACUAAUAUAAAGUGGUAUGUAAUAAGAAAACAAUGUUGUUUUAAUUAAUGAUAUUUGC